AUGCCAGUUGUCAAUUAGCUGUCAACUGCAUCGUGCACGCACGUGUGUUGUGUUUAUUUUCAUCAAAAUCACACUUUAUUAAAUAAACAUGGGUAAAAAUAAUAAGAAAGGCCCAAAGGCCAAUGUAUUUAAAGUAGCUGGUGCAAAGAGCUUGAAGAAAACUAAAGCCAAAGCAGUCAACUUAGGCCUAAAGAAUAUCAAACAAAAAGUACAAGACAUAGACAAAGAAUUCGUAGAAAUUAGCAAGAAACCAAAACCAAGUGAAACAAAGCCAUCUCCAUCAGUAAAGGCUCCUACGAAAAAGCUAGAAAAACCAGUGACGAAGGAAGAAGUUGCGAAGACAGCUGAAGAGAUUGUGAAAAUGGACUUAUAACAUUCCUUUUACUAGUAAAAAUACUACUAUUUAAUUUUAUAAUUCAAUAAACUCUCUAUCAAAUGGAUUUUGCUAGUAAAGAAGAUAUAGUAGCACAUAUUUACUUUAUAAAUAAAUGAAUGGUUGUGGCGCAAGGGGUCUAUGUCGAACUGGGCUUAUUUCUCUUUUUUGAAAAUUUCUUUGUAGCACAUAGUCUGGAACUGUGCCCAGUAUAUGGCAAUAAACUCACCCCCUAUUCCAUUGGACUUAACUAUAAUACAAAUAGUUAAAAGUUCAUUGUAUAGCAAUAUUAAAUGCUGUAAUGUUCAGGGAGCGAUGGCGGGACAUCGUGAGGCGAGCAACAUCUACCACACAACCCACAGACACUACAUGUUGACCACGACCACUCUGUCAAGAGUGAUACGAAUGAGAAGAAGAAUGUACACCUCUGCCCACCCCUUCAUGGAUAUAAGGCGUGAUGUUGUUUUGUGUAAAUAAAUGGAGGUCCUUAUCAAGUCCAUUUGAUAGAUUAGUUUUGAAAAUGUCUAUUAGACUAUAAGUACAAAUUAAGUAUUGUAAAUAUAUAUUUUCUAUUUAAAUCUA